AUGAAGGCUACAACGACAGCAUCUGUUUUGGCCACGAUCUGGGCAGGUGCCACUGCUCAAGACUACAAUGCUCCACCCCCGGACCUCUCGACUCUCCCCGAGCUCUCUUUGUUUGAUACCUGGAGGCCGCAUACCCAUGUCCUCCCACCCCACGGCCAGAUCGGUGACCCAUGCGGGCACUACAGUGAUCCUGAAACAGGCCUCUUCCACGUCGGCUUCCUCCAUAAUGGUACCGGCAUUGCCAUGGUUUUGACGCAUGAUCUUGUCCAUUAUUACGAUGUGAGACCGAACGGCAACUAUUCAAUUGUCGCGGGCGGUGCCAACGACCCCCUUGCUGUUUUUGAUGGCUCUACCAUCCCUAGUGGAAUCGACGGCAAGCCGACGCUCUUAUACACCUCUGUGUCGGCAUUGCCGAUCCAUUGGACCCUUCCUUACACCCGAGGAAGUGAAUCGCAAUCUCUGGCGGUAACCUAUGACGGGGGCAAGAACUUCACCAAGCUAGACAAUCCGCCCGUUAUUCCUGAGCCCCCAGCAGGCCUGGAGGUUACCGCUUUCCGCGACCCCUACGUUUUCCAAAAUUCUGCACUUGAUCAAUCCCUGGGUAGUGCUCCAGGGACUUGGUACACAAUCGUUUCUGGUGGCAUUAAAGACGUCGGACCUGGAAUGUUCCUCUACCAGAACACGAGUCCCGACUUCCUGCAGUGGGAGUAUCUUGGAGAAUGGUACAAUGAGCCUGCCAACUCGACAUGGGGAAAUGGGGAUUGGUCUAAGGUCUUUGGCUACAAUUUCGAGACUAGCAACGUCGUCGGUCUCACCAGAGAGGGAUACAGCUACAACGGCGACCCCUUUAUGACCAUUGCGGUGGAGAGUUCGUAUGAACCCAUCCAGGACUCUGUCUCCUCGCUACAUGCCAUGAUUUGGGCGGCAGGAGCAAUUGCGAACACCAAUGGUGAAAACGUAACAUUCACACCCGAUAUGGUUGGUGUAUUCGACUGGGGCUUGGCGUCCUAUGCAGCCGCCGGCAAGGUCCUACCUGCGACUUCCCAAGCGUCUAGUGCCAGCGGCGCCCCUGAUCGUUUCAUCAGCUAUGUGUGGCUGACUGGAGAUGUUUUCGGAGGAGUUAAGGGCUUCCCAGCUGCGCAGCAAGGAUGGCAGAACACUUUGUUGACUGCCCGCGAGUUGUACAUCAGAGCUAUCCCAAGCGUCGUCAACAACGAGCUCGCGCAAGAGACUGGCUCCUGGCGUGUGGCCAGUAACGCCCGCUCAACUGGCAAGUGUGUUGAACUCGAAACGCUCGGAAUUGAUAUCGCGCGUGAGACCUAUGGCGCUAUGACUUCUGCCCCUGGCUUCAGCGAGCCAGACCGGACUAUUACCAAUGCUGGUGUCAUUCCCUUCGGUCGCUCCCCCGAGAGCAGGUUCUUCGUUCUCGAGGCUGAGAUUGACUUCAAUGCACGUGCAUCAACCCUGCAGGCCGGCUUCCAGAUUCUGGCAUCCGAGUUCGAGUCGACCACCAUCUAUUAUCAGUUCUCUAACGAGUCCAUCAUGAUUGAUCGUUCAGAAACGAGUGCCGCUGCAGACACGACCACCGGCAUUGAUAGGUCACCGGAAUCUGGCCGUCUUCGUCUAUUUGACAUCAACGAUCGCUGUGGCACCCAGAGCGGUCACGGCGGUCACGGCGGCCUUACCGGCCUCGACGGACUCGGCGGACUCAGCGGCGAGUUUGGUGAACACGUUUCAAGUAACCCCAAGCCUAACAGUGCAUCGGGAAGCAAUGCGCAGACUUCUCAAUUUGGUGGAGUUGGGAAGGACCGUAUUGAGACUCUAAGCCUGACUGUUGUGGUCGACAACUCUGUCCUGGAGGUUUAUGCCAACUCUCGCUUUGUUCUCUCUACUUGGGUCCGCCCUUGGUACGAAAACUCGACUGAGAUUCGCUUCUUCCAGAAUGGUGAGGGCGAAGCAUCUUUCAGCAAAAUUCGCGUUGCUGAUGGGUUGUAUGACGCUUACCCGGAGAGACCUCAGUGA